CUCCCUGCAUAUUUUGUAUAGUUUAUGACUGUAGAGAAUCAGGCAUUUCUUCAGCUUCUCCUUCUCCUUGGACACAGCUUUGCUUGGGUCCAGGUGUGUGGGGAACAUUUUAAAACAUACUCUUGAUUCGUUUAAACUCUGAGAAUUAGAAGUCUACUUCUUUCUCGACUUCUUAUCUUUUAGUUUUGUGCUAUUAAAACAAGAAGAGGAUGGGAGGCUCGCUGCUGCUGUUCACAGGACUGAUGGUCAUCGCAGCAUGCUCUCAAACUCUCUGUGCGUCAGACAGUUGCAGUGAGGAGGUGGCUCGUCUGCGGGAACAGGAGAAGCUUCUGAAGGGCCAGCUUCAGAAACAAGAACUCCUCCUACACAGAUUAAAACGGCUGAACCAACCUGGCAACGAGGACGAAGCCAGACCCGACCAGAGCCAGGACGCCAAGUACGCAGACUGCUCCCAGCUCUUCAGUUCUGGCUCCAGAUCCAGUGGUGUCUACACAAUCAACCCUCAGAGCAGCCCUGGCCCAGUCAGAGUCUACUGUGAUAUGAGUGAUGGAGGUGGCUGGCUCGUCAUUCAGAGACGGAUCAAUGGAACAGAGAGGUUUAACAGGUCAUGGGCAGAGUAUAAGGAUGGUUUUGGAGACAUGGAUGCAGAGUUUUGGCUCGGAAAUGACAACCUGCAUUACAUCACGACACAAGGGAAUUAUUCUCUGAGGUUCAUCCUGGAAGACUUUGAUGAUUACCAGCGCUAUGCCGAAUACAAGAACUUCAAAGUGGCCGAUGAAGAGGAUCACUACCGACUUACCUUUGGAACCUAUGUAGGUACAGCUGGAGAUGCUCUGUCUGGAAGUUUUCAGGUUGGUGCGUCAGAGUGGGCCAGUCACCAGGGUAUGAAAUUCAGCACAUACGACCAGGACAACGAUAACUACAAAGGAAACUGUGCACAGGAAGACAAAGGAGGCUGGUGGUUCAACAAGUGUCACUCAGCCCAUCUUAAUGGCAUGUACUACCCCAAUGGGCCCUACAAUGCGUUGACAGAUGAUGGUGUAGUUUGGUACCCCUGGAGAGGAUGGUGGUACUCUCUGAAGACAACCGUCAUGAAGCUGCGACCUGUCGACUUCAAAAUCGUUCCCAUUGACGACCCCAAUGCAGUUCAUCGCAGACCACCUUCCUAGAUCAGACAUGACGAGAUAUCAAGUCUUCUUGGCUCGUUUUAUUUUGUGCAGAAACAGUUGGGUAAAAAGAUAUUAAUUGGUGUGAAAUCAUAAUUCAAAUUCAAAAACACACUGAAACAUAAAUCUCGUCUCAUAAUCCUCUCAAAUCCCAGGUGAACUUGUUUGCACACUAAGCAUUAAUCAACCCCAUUGGUAACUAAUAUGCUUCCUGUGCUAUCAGAUUGUAUCUGGAUGGAGCAAAGUAGCAGUAGAGUAAAUAUAGCCAGGAUGGACCAAAGAUCCAAUCUUGGAAUGAAAGAUCCAAAUUUGGAAUAAAACUGUACAGUUACAAUAUAGUGACAUCUUUAAAGACUUUAGCAGCUUAUAUAACAACAUUAGCCUGCUUGUUAGAGGACUUGUGAAACCUGUUGCCUGUUUUAGAGACAUGGAUGUUGUAAGGGGAAGUAACUUGCACACACAGCUGUCUGUUUUGGUGGAGAAAAGGGAAAUCUGAUGUCAGCAUGUGUCCCAGACACAGGCAGAAAUAUUGGACUGAAAGAGCCAUUAUUGUGUCACUGAAAAUGACUGUAACAAGAACUGGAAGUGUUCUUUUUAUACAAUAACAUAUGAUACAUGGAGCAGCUGAGCUCAGUACUGUCUGGGAUUUGCCCAAAUGUUAUAAAGAUUAAAGCUAGGGUUGGUAAUCUUAAGAAACUAUAGCAAGAGUACGCUAGAUUUUUUAAAAUGAUGCAACUAAAAAACCCAGCUCAAUGUUGCCAACUAUUUUCCAAUGAAAGUAGUUAGUAGCACUAGCUCCAAACCUUCCUAAAUCUAGUGAGAAAGUCACCAAGUCGUUAACACUGACAGGCCUCCCUCCAAAGCCACUCCAGGCAGCCCGGACAAUUAUUUCAUUCAGGCCGAAUGAUCGGAUGGGCUUAGUACAGUCCUGCGACAUCCACAGAUACCAGAUUUUUGUUCUUUUUUUGUCAGAGCACUUGAUUCAUUGAUUCAUUGAUUCAUGCAUUAACAUAAAUUACCUAUGUAUCACAAACAGUUGAAAUAAAAGAAUGCUAUUACAUGAAAGAAAACAAAGAACACUACACAACAAUAGUUAUUUCUUAAGAUGUUACAAGUGACAUAAGGUUAGAAGAACAUCACAAAUAUAAAGGAUUCCUUGAUUAGUACUUCAUCUAACACCUACAGGUUAUUAAUAUUAUAAUUAUUAUCUCAGCUUGUGAACAUACAUUCAACUUUAUCUCUGUGCAAUUUGCAUUAUAACCAUGAUUCACCAAAUAAAACAAAGAAUAAUUUCC